CUAGUUAGAUCAGUUCACAGUAGCAGGCUAUAUCAACCAUACAACUAUAUAUAAUUACAUGAGUUUAUGUUUAUGUCCUUUAUUUAAAAAAGUACAUCCAUCUGAAGAUCUGGCAGAAACCAUGCCCAGCAACAAAGAAAGAUCGUACAUCAUGAUUAAACCUGACGGGGUUCAGAGGGGGUUCAUUGGACGGAUCAUCUCAAGGUUUGAAGAUAAAGGAUUUAAACUAGUUGGACUCAAGAUGAUGGUUGCAGAUGAAGAACUGCUAAACCAACACUACGCCGAGCUUAAGGAGCGUCCAUUCUUCCCUUCCUUGAUGAACUAUAUCCGAUCUGGUCCUGUUGUUGCUAUGGCCUGGGAGGGCCAUCAAGCUGUAGCUAUCGGUCGACAAAUGCUUGGAGCAACAAACCCAGCAAACUCCGCUCCUGGAACCAUUCGAGGAGAUUUCGGUCUUCAACCAGGACGGAAUAUCAUUCAUGGGAGUGAUAGUAUUGAGAACGGAGAACGUGAGGUGGCUCUAUGGUUCAGUGGCGAAGAGCUGGUGGAGUGGGAACCAGCUCAGAUAGCCUGGGUUAAUGAAGAUUAAAGUAUACUCUGACACACUUAGAAUUUAGAAAAAGGUCUGCACACAGGAGAUUGAAAUUGCAUCACUGGAAGAUCUUUAAGAAGAGUUUAUUUGGCACUUAUACACCUUGUAAACACGUUUUCCUGACCAAUAACACUUAUUGUAUUGUAUUCAUAUUUUAGAAAUUUAAGAUAUUUGUUUUUUUUUCAUGGCAAAAAACUAAACUUAAAUCUUAAAUACAAUAUAUCUUAAACAAAUAAAUAUUUCAUCUUAAACAAAUAGACUCAUAUUCUCCAACAUACAUAAAUAUCUUAUCAUAUCUUAUCUUAUUACAUAUUUAAAUUUUAAAUUAGAAUUCCAGGUUUAUGACACAUUUACUCUUGUAAGUUGUAAUGUACGUUAAUCAUGAUGAAAAAUAUAUAAAAUAUA